AUGGCCUCCCACCGCAUCGGCGCCCGCGUCGCGGGCCUCUCGCCAGCGCAGCUGUGCGCCAUCAUCGAGGCGCAGGCGGGCGCGAGCGACGCCGCGCUGCGCGUGGCGGAGGAGCACGCCGCACGGCUCGUGGAGCAGCCCGAGUGGGUCCUCUCCGAGGUCCUCCUCUCGCCGGACCUCGCCCCGCACAUCCUCGCCCAGCUGCCGACCAAGGAGCACGCCGCCAAGGGGACUGCGCGCGCGUACGUGGCAAAAGUUGCCUUUCCGCUUUGUAAUUAUCUUGCCUUUCACGCGCUCCCAUAA